GGGUCUUAAAGUAUAAUCACAGUUAUCGUGAACAGUGUGGUCUAUUUAUUGUUUGUGUUUAACUUUAUUUGUGUGAUCACCAGCCAACGAAGACUGGACUUUAGGGGGAGUGUCCUGUGAUAAUUGGCCAAUCCAUAAGGAGGGUAGGUUAAUGAACCUCCCUUUCAUCUGGUCUACAUACAAUACUGUAUGUCCUCUGACAUUGCACAUUGCUUAAUCUGACACCCUCACACAUCUUUGAACUCUGUAUUCAUUCACAGAACAUCUCCCUCCCUCUCGCCAGAGGAGUAGACAAUGUCCUCAUGCAGCACUCCAGCCUUCUCAUGUUGCAAUGAAUCUCCUUCGCGCAAUAUUCUAUCUAGCCAAGGAGAGGCGCUGUUACCACAGAUGACGAACUACCUCUAGUUGUUGGAGGACUAUGUUGUAAAAUCUUUCAAUUAGUUAUAUUUCGAUAUAGUUCAAAUGCUGGGAGAUUUGGUCGAUUGCGCAAUUAACAACUUAACCGGAGGAUGCACCACUUCAACGACCCAAAACCAAAGGUUAUAUUGUUGUUGAGGACAGUGCCGUUUUAUUCUGACUGACUGGUUAGCUGCUAGCCAACAGUUGGGAGUUGCUAGCUACCCAGCUAGCUAAUCUUAAAAAGUCACGUCUCCAGCUGGCCUGCUAACCUAAUUUACGUUAACAUUUGUUGUAAGGGAUAGAUCUCGCUAGUUUAUUGUUUUUCAAUGCGUUGUUUGUUUAGCCUUUGUUCAACCAUAUGAAUUGGGUUUCUGGGUGUUUUAUUAUAAGGUUAGCUUGCUAGCUAGCUACGAAUAGUCGCUUGCAGUAACUGGAGUCAAAAGUCUGACUUCAUUUAACAAAAUGAGAUAGAAGGAAGACACCAAGUACAUUUCCCGCUGAUUUUAGCGGCUCUGAAUUGGAUCGAAAGCUUUGUGUGUGAGGCCUGCAGGUCGGGCUUUCACCGAGCUAGAUUAGGACCGUACGCCGCCUGUGAACACUCUUAGGACGACAGCUCGCGCUGCUAGGCUGGAGGCCGGGGAUUUCAAUAAAUGGAACGAAUGGAAGUGGACCAGUGCGCAGGCGCAACUACCGGGAGCGGAGGAGGGGCCCUUCGUAGAUCGAACAGCGCCCCCAUGAUCACAAGUGUCAGUGAUGGUAUGACAGUGUUCAGUCCAACUAGUUCAGUCCGGUAUCGGCGGAGCAGUGUCUCUGUGAAUCCCAGUUGCCCUUAUCGGGCCGCCCCCUUGUCCCCUUUCUCAUUGGGUGGUGAGAGACCAGACCACAAAAGGCAGGUUGAGAAUAUGGAGAUGACACUCAGGGGGAGUCUUCAGAGACUAAGGUAUGGUAGUGAAACGCUGUACAAAUUCACAUACAUACACACUACUAUGUUUUCUCUCUCUUGCUGUAGUGCUUCCAACCUGGUCCCUCCUCCUGUCAGUCACUGGCAUGACCAUUCAUCAGGGGGAUUCCAUUCACAGGACAGUGGUGUCACACCCAAUUCGUCCCCUAGUCCAACUCGAAGGUUUAGGGGGCCUACAGUCAGUUCUACUGUGAGAUGGCCUGCCCUGACGCCACUGAAAAGGAAAGGUAAGAACGAUGCUUCAAGAAUAGUGCUUACUUUGCUCAGUCUUGGUGUGUGUGUGUUUGUCUGUGUUCUCUCCUCCAUCCUGUUGUUCUGCCAUGUAGGAGGUGUGGAGUCUGAUGGCCCGCCCAAGAAGCUGUUUGUUGCCGGGGUAACAGAACCUGCUCACCGGACUAGUUACACAGUCAGUGUGUCCCAGGCAUCAGCAGACUCUCCUACAGGUGGUGUGUCUGUGUGUGAUGCCAGUCCCCAGGGUAGUCCACUGUCCCUGUCUCCUCCCCCCUCUUACCAGCCCAACAUCUAGACACCCCAACACUAGGAGCCUAUCAUAGACCAGGACUACAGUCAGCCUGUCAGGGCCCUGGAUCCCUCUCAACACAGUCCACCUACAGAGCCUGGGAAUCAACUCAGUAAGACUAUCAGAACCUUAGUUUCUACGCAAUCUGCCUAUCAGGGAGCACUCCUCUCUCUCAAACCAUCAGAGCCUUGGGGAAACAUGGCUCCUGAAGUAAUCAGAUCUGGAUUUGUAAUCAAGAUAAUAUCUAGAUGUUAAUCAAAAGGUUGCAGGAAAUGCCCUGCUAAAGGAAGUUGGUGACCAGCGCAUUGUAAGGUAGUGUCAGGGUGAAGAGAUUGUGAUGACAAUGGGAAAGAACUUAGAAAAUAAUUUGACUAACUUCUGGACUCACUUUUCGCUGUAGUUGACAUGUGGGUUGUGUUGUGAUAACCAAUGUCAACUAUGGUUGUAAUUUUCCUUGUUGGGAUUUUCUUUUUCUCAUAUCCAGAGGUGUUACUGGUACUGUAAAACAGAAUGACUUCCAAUAGUCUUCCAAUAGUCAAGAAAAGACCUUGUCUGAAGUUGUGUUCAGGGGUAACGGUGAGGGAACGUUAUAUCCCACUGAACGGGACCCAAUGGUCCAGUAUUCUUUGAUAGUCCAGAAGUUAGCGCUCAAACAUGAGACAUUAAGUCACCACAGCGGACUGCCGAGCCGGUGUAUAUGUGAAUAGUGUAUUGACAUGUGAAUACGAGGAUAUAACCAGGGCUGCCUUUAUGGCCCCUCACCUUCUCUGGCUGUGGGGGUUUGUACUGUAAAUAUAGAAUCCCCAAGCAAAGCUCUGCCCAGAGGACCCUCCCAAUCCUGGUCCUUAAGGGCUCAAUCCUAAUGAUUUUUCUGCGUGGAUACUGGUAACUCAAAUUUUAGCACAAAUCUGUCAUUGACAUGACAGAGCAAUUCCACUGUAUCAGAGUGACACAAACCAUGUUUCCAUCCACAGUUUUUAUGCCAGUAAAGUCAUUGUAUAAAAACAUUUUUUUAAGACAGCUGUGAUGGUAACAGGACGUUUCAGUACAAUUUCCUAAAUGCCGACAGAUAAUUUGUUAAUUCGACAUGAUGGGAUCUUUUUGUCUGUAAAAUAAAUUAUGCGAGAAAUGGCUUUAUGCUCUAAUAUUGAUAAAAUAACCAUCAUAUCGAAGUAAACUUAGUCACACAAUGAUGUGUUGUCCUCCCACUACAACUCAGGGAAACCAUGCAGUUUAUUAGCCUACAGAUUAAAUAAAUUAUGAACUUCACAGGGUGGGGAAAGUGCACAAUGCUCCUUUGUAAUAAAUAUCGAGAGUCUAAUUCUGGUGACAUGAUGAUCGAUACUUGACUGCCAUUUUGACAAAUAAAAAUAUUCUUGCUCUUAUCCAUAAUAAUCUCAUCAUGUAGACUAGGCAACCUGCAUUGUAUUGUCUAGAGCGCAGGUGCCAAGACCAGAGUAGGCACAUUUGCUAUUUAACACAACUGUUUGUGACCAAAGUAUUGGUAGAGUGAAAACUUAAGCGAAAAAGUAUGUUUUGUGUGCACUGUCAUCACACACCGAUUAUUAUCGGUCAGUUUGGUGGAAACCACCACCGUAUUUUAGAAUAUUCAAAUGAUAAUCUGUCGCCAAUUGGAUGGAAACCUAGCUACAGACUCACAUUUUAAAUAGUUUUUUCUAUGUCAAACACCAUACAACUCUAUGCACAAGGACUACUUUGAACAAUUUCACCUGAAAGUUUUACAACACAUUUACUUGACGAAGGAAUCACCUCUUGACAGGUGUGUGUGUGUGUUCUUUAGUUAGAUAGAAAGGACCAGGACUGGGGAUCUCAGUCCUCUGGGUAGAGUGUGAUAUUACCCUUUUUCUAUAUGAGUACUUUAACAGAGGUAGUCUGUGGGGUGUUAACAUACAUUUUUCCCAUGGAUUACAUUGCUGACCAGUCUUAUUCAAAUUCUGUAAAGUGGUAUGGUUAUACAUGCUCAGUACCCUGGUAGAUAGAUAACAUAAGUGACAUCAAGGGCAUAUCAUGUUGUUUGGGUUGAUGUAAUUUAUGGGAAAGUUAUGUGGUUUUUAACUGACUAUGUAACCUCCAGACCUUUUGACUUGUGAAAUAUAUAGUCUAUAUAAGCUGCAGUGUCUUAUACAAAAACAGAAUGUUAUCGACAGUAACUGUAAUACUCUUAAUUCAAAUACCCUUUCCAGAGCUGAGUUUUACAGCAAAUGUCUCCUUUUUGUAGACCUUCUACUUCCAAUUUCACACAGUAUUAGUUUCACAUUAUUAAUCAAUAUGGCUGUUACACGAAUGGGAUCAUAUCCUGAUUUUAAGACAUGCUGUUGCUUUGUAUAUUUUGCUUCAUUUGCUCGUUUCUCAUCAGGUUACUCUCUGUCCUGUCUCAGAGAAGUGCUUGGGUCAGCAAGGGUUGAGGGUCAUCUGCUGAUCUUAACCACUGAUUUUAGAUGAAGGAAUUUUGUUUUUCCUUAGUGACAAUCAGUGAAUUUGGAGGGAAAUAAAAAACCUCCAGUUCAAGUUAUAUUCAUGUUCACUUAUUCUCAAGACUGUAGUUAUAUUUUGACUGCAUACAUUGUUUAGAUUGACAACCAGCAUCACAGCUCCAUUUCUCGCCAAGGUGUAUGAUUGAGAUCCUAGUGUAGAUGAUCAACUCACGUUGCCAAAGCCAAAUGAUUACCUUUUGAUACUCAUUGUACAGACAGACUAGCUUUCAGACACAUGUAUUCGAUACUCUUUCCUAAUUAUGGGGAGAUAUCCUGUAAAUGCAUACUGAGUCAAAUGACAUGAACAUCCACAGAAGAUGCUGAUCUGUCUGAUAUAGCUAACUCCAUUUUAAUCUGCGGUUAACCUACAAGUAAAACUUGCAAUCAAAUGGCACUAACAUUCAAUGGUAGUUUCACCAAUCCCAUCCUUGUUGCAGAAGAUAAACUAGAGGGAAAUAAAUACAUUUGGACAUGAUCUGAAGCCAAAUAUAAAAUAUUUAAAUAAUCUGUUGAUGUUCAUUGUAGUUGACCCACAGGGUUUGCAUGCCUUAUCAGCAGUGUGUCCCGUCAUAUGAGACCACUGCCUGUAGGAGAUAAGCCUGGGUCUGACCAAGGUGACAUAUCUAGGAGACAAACAGAAGCCACGUCUGGCCGUCUCAAUUGCAAUACUUCAACAAGGAGACCAGCAGGUUGUUGCGAGGUCAGUUAAAAACACUUGUAUUGCCAUUUACUGAUUAUUUUAUUGUUUCCUUUUCAUUAUUGUUGCUGUUGUCAUUAUACAAAAUAUCACGUAAAAAAAAAAAAAAAAUGUGAACAGCCACAAUCUUAAAAAUGAUUGUUUUCCAAAUAUGACAUGUCAGUGUUAGACGGCUCCUUUUACCCUUUUUAUUUUUAUUUUUUACUGACAAUAGAAUAAAACAGAGAGAGAGAGAAGAGGUGAGAAAGGAAAUUAAAGCACAUUGCCAGAACAUUCAGACAAGUAUUUUCAAACUGUAAAUAGCUUUGACAAGUCUCUACAUAAAGAGAAGAUUGUAUUUUUAUGGAACUGUAAGCACAAGAAAGUGAGAAUGUACACCUUUUAAAUAUUGUAUUAUAUAUAUAUAUAUAAAUAAAUAUCAUGAUAAAAAGUCA